GCGCGCUCACUCGCACUCACACCCGGGCGCAGGAGGCGGGCGGCCCGGGCCCCCCACCGGCCCCCGAUGGACGCCCCCGCCACGGGGCGCUGAGACCCCCCACGCCCGGUCCCGCGCGCCACGCCGAGGGCCCCCUGGACAGGACCAGAUUCCUCCGAAGCGCCCGCCCCGCCCAGGAUCACCCCCUCCUCUCGCCUGCCACCCAGCCCUACCACCUGCCACUUCCUCCCUGGCCCCUCUCACCGCCCAAUCCCCCUUUGGGGCACAGGGUACGGUGUGACUGGCCACGCGUUGAGACGGGUGUCAUGGGUGCUGUGCCCUAGGCCUGGGUGGCAGGGGUUGGGCGGCCUGUGGGUGUGCCCACCCGUCUCGGCGUGCUGGAGGGCAUCUUGGAUGGAAUUGAAGUGAAUGGAACAGAAGCCAAGCAAGGUGGAGUGUGGGUCAGACGCAGAGGAGAGCAGUGCCAGGUCACCAGAUGGAAAGCGGAAAAGAAAGAACGGCCAAUGUUCCCUGAAAACCAGCAUGUCAGGGUAUAUCCCUAGUUACCUGGACAAAGACGAGCAGUGUGUCGUGUGUGGGGACAAGGCAACCGGUUAUCACUACCGCUGCAUUACCUGUGAGGGCUGCAAGGGUUUCUUCCGGCGCACAAUCCAGAAGAACCUCCAUCCCACCUACUCAUGCAAGUAUGAUAGUUGCUGCGUCAUCGACAAGAUCACACGCAAUCAGUGCCAGCUCUGCCGCUUCAAGAAGUGCAUCGCUGUGGGGAUGGCCAUGGACCUGGUUUUAGAUGACUCAAAGCGCGUGGCCAAGCGCAAACUGAUUGAACAGAAUCGGGAGCGGCGCCGCAAGGAGGAAAUGUUCCGCUCCCUGCAGCAGCGCCCAGAGCCCACUCCCGAAGAGUGGGACCUGAUCCACGUGGCCACCGAGGCCCAUCGCAGCACAAACGCCCAGGGUAGCCACUGGAAGCAGAGGCGUAAAUUCCUGCCCGAUGACAUUGGCCAGUCGCCCAUCGUCUCCAUGCCGGACGGAGACAAGGUGGACCUCGAGGCCUUCAGCGAGUUCACCAAGAUCAUCACCCCAGCCAUCACCCGCGUGGUGGACUUUGCCAAAAAACUGCCCAUGUUCUCCGAGCUGCCUUGCGAAGACCAGAUCAUCCUCCUGAAGGGGUGCUGCAUGGAGAUCAUGUCGCUGCGGGCAGCAGUCCGCUAUGACCCUGAGAGCGACACCCUGACGCUCAGCGGGGAGAUGGCUGUCAAGCGAGAGCAGCUCAAGAAUGGCGGCCUGGGCGUGGUCUCCGACGCCAUCUUUGAACUGGGCAAGUCACUCUCUGCCUUUAACCUGGAUGACACGGAAGUGGCUCUGCUGCAGGCUGUGCUGCUAAUGUCAACAGACCGCUCGGGCCUGCUGUGCGUGGACAAGAUCGAGAAGAGUCAGGAGGCGUACCUGCUGGCGUUCGAGCACUACGUCAACCACCGCAAACACAACAUUCCGCACUUCUGGCCCAAGCUGCUGAUGAAGGAGAGAGAAGUGCAGAGUUCGAUUCUGUACAAGGGGGCAGCGGCGGAAGGCCGGCCGGGCGGGUCACUGGGCGUCCACCCGGAAGGACAGCAGCUUUUCGGAAUGCAUGUUGUUCAGGGUCCGCAGGUCCGGCAGCUUGAGCAGCAGCUUGGUGAAGCGGGAAGUCUCCAAGGGCCGGUUCUUCAGCACCAAGGCCCGAAGAGCCCGCAACAGCGUCUCCUGGAGCUGCUCAACCGAUGCGGAGUUCUCCGUGCCCGAGCGGUCUGUGGGGAAGAAGACAACAAUGAGGCAGACACCCCCAGCUCCUCAGAUGAGGAGGAGGAAGAGGAAGAGGAGGAGGAGGAGGAGGAGGAAGCGGAGGUGGAAGAGGCCCAGGAGGAGCCCCAGGUCCUCGAGGAGCUGCCCCAGGUCUACGAGGAGCCCCCCCAGGUCUACGAGGAGCCGCUCAUGGUCUACGAAGAAGAGGACGAGGCUGCUGACGCUGAGGCAGCAGGCUGUGCUGCCUCUCCCUGAAGGCCCCGGGGGAGGCCAAAGAGGGGGAGCACCACCCCACUCCUUCCCAAGAUCUCUGCCCACACCCCCAGCAAACCCCCCCACCCAGCAGGAGAUGCCUAAAGGCUGGGAGUGGAACUCAGCUGAGCUGGUCACCUCCCAACCCGACAAGGUCCCUUUCCUGCCAGCUAUCCACAUGCCAUCGAGCCCCCCCUUGCUUUUCGCUCUAGUUCCCUCUGCCUGGGCCCCCCUUCCCUAACCCCUUUGCCUGACAGUCUCUUCCCGUCCCUAAAGCCCUGCCCACUCCACCCUCCACUCCUCCGCCUGCACCUCCUUUCCUUUCCCCAACUCCCCCAGGCAGAAAUAGUCCUUUGCUUCCAAAGCCUUCAUUCCUGCUUCCACUGUGACACUUAUCUCACUGUUUUCUCUUUAGUGUCGUAUGAGUCUGUCUCCCCAGCUAGACUGUGUCUGAAUCAUGUCUGUAUCCCCAGUGCCCAGUGUGGGCCUGGCAUAGAGUAGGUCCUCCAUAAAAGGUGUUGAAUCCAA